AUGGCGGAGGAGACGCGCCGCUUUCCCAGGGUGCACCGCGCGGGAGAGCGGAAACGCCGCGCGGUGCCGGACCCCCCCCGAGCCGUCGCCAUGCACGGCCGCCUGAAGCUCCGCCCCCCAGACGCCGCCCGCCGCCGGCAGCGGGAGGAGAAGCUCCGCCUCUACCGCUCUGCCAUGGCCACCCUGCUGGAGAAGCGGGAGCGGGGCGAGCUGGACGCGGAGGCGCUGGCGCUGACGGGCACUGUCCUGGCGGCCAACCCCGACGUGGGAACCUGCUGGAACCUGCGGCGCUGCGCCCUGCCCCCUGACCCUGCCGACUGGGUGCCGGGGGAGCUGGCCUUCGUGGGAGGGUGCCUGGGGGUGAACCCCAAGUCCUACGGGGCCUGGCACCACCGGGGCUGGGUCCUGCGCCGCGCCCCCGUGCCCCCCCCGGCCCCCGCCGAGCGCGCCCUCUGCGACCGCCUGUUGGCCGCCGACCCCCGCAACUUCCACGCCUGGGAGCACCGUCGGGCGCUGGCGGCGGAGGAGGACCCCGAGGCCGAGCUGGCCUUUGCCGGGGCCCUGCUCAGCCGCGACUUCUCCAACUUCUCCGCCUGGCACCACCGGGGCCGGCUGCUGGCGCCCGCUCCGGACGCCGGGCCCCAAAAACCCCCGGGAUCCCCCCAAACGCCUCCGUCCCCCCUUUCCCACCCCCCCACAGAGCUGGAGCUGGUGCAGAACGCCGUCUUCACCGACCCCAACGACCAGAGCGCCUGGGUCUACCUGCGCUGCAUCCUCUCCCGCGCCUCCCCCCCGCCGAGGAUUCUUUGCCUCUACGUCAACCGGGAGGACGCGACGCUGGCGGUGACCUUCUCCCGCCCCGUCAUGGUGGGGGCGGGGAGCUCGGCGCUGAUGGCGACAGUGGACGGCUUUCCCCUGGAAGGGGCGUGGCGCUCGGGGGAAGGGCGGCCACGCCCCAGCCACACCUGGCUCUGCGACCUCCCGCCCGACCGGGCUCCGCCCUCCUCCCGGUCCCGCCUCCACUUCCGGGUCACCUGGGAGCCUGACCCCGCCCACUGCGAGGUGACGCUCCUCCCAGAUGAGAGCGAGGCGUGGUGGCAGGAGCCAAUCGUAGCCCGGGAGCUCUUCUGGCCAGAAGUGGGCGUGGCCGAGGCGCCGGUGCUGGAGGCCCAGGUGGAGACGUGCCGGCAGCUGCUGGAACUGGAGCCCCACAGCCGCGGCUGCCUGCUGACGCUGGUGCUGCUGCUGUCGGCCCUGGACCCGCUGGCACACGAGGACGAGACCCGGCGCUGCCUGCGGGACCUCCAGGAGGCGGACCCCCUGCGGAGCGGCUUCGUGGCCGACGUGGCCUCGCGGGCGGAGGUGGCUGUUGGGGUGCUGCGGAUGGGGGCGGGGCCUGAUGGCGCCCUGAGGCUCCGCCUCCCCGGGAAGGCGCUGACCUCGCUGCCGCUGCUGGAGCACAUGGUGCUGGUGACCCACCUCGACCUGGCCGGGAACAGCCUGGGGGGGCUCCCCCCUGCCCUGGGGGGGCUGAGGCGCCUGCAGGUGCUGGACGUGUCGCACAACAAGGUCACGACCCUGCGGGGGCUCCCACCCCUCCCCCGCCUGGAAGAGCUGUGUCUCGAUGGCAACCGUAUCCGGGGGGCCAUAAGCCACGCCUCUGCCCUGGCCCCGUUGGCCGCCUGCCCCCGGCUGGCUCAUCUGCGAUUGGCCGAGACGCCCCUGGCCGCCACACCCGAGGCCGCCACCCACCUGGCCCAGCUCCUCCCCCAUGUUCAUGUUGCCCUUGCCUGA